AUGGUUAAUGCCAUUAAAGGAGUGUUCAUCUCCUGUGAUAUUCCGAUGGCACAGUUUAUAGUGAACAUGAACAAUGGGCUGGCUCCGUCUCAGAGAUUCAUUAUUCAUGUUCUCGACACUACUCACUUGUUUGUGCAACCACAGGUUGAGCAGAUGAUUCGCGCCGCCAUUGCUGAGUUUAGAGAUCAAAACUCUUACGAGAAGCCUACUUAA